GUUGUGCACAGAUGCGCGCCGGCAAACAUUUCCCCCUCCAUCUCUUCUGCGCCUUAAUUGAACCUCUGCUUUCAUUGCUUCAGGUGGAGAUGAAAGGGCGAAUGAUCCAUUUGUAUUUAAAUAGAGCGGCGGCAGGAGAGCUAAAUGAUGGUGAUGGCGUUGUUCUGCCGUCUCGGGAGAGGAAGGAGGGCGCGCGGGUCUGAACGAGGCAGGCUCUAAGAUCCUGAGGCUGCCCUUGUGCGCUUGAUCUGCAGGCUGCAUAUGGGAUUCACCUGCUGGAGAAGAGAGAAAAGAGUGUGAGCAAGAAUCACAGCAGCGCAGGAGGGAAUUUCCUUCCAAAGACAGUUUGUUGCUUUUCCUCGCUCUGGAAUUUCCUCCUGGAGAUUCUGAACCGGGUGUUUUUUCCCCAGCCCUUGCGGAGAAGAACUUGCGCGGCUGGCGUGGAGGGAAAGAAGGACACAGGGUGCCAGAAUCCGUCCCCCCCCCCCGAGAAAGAUGGGGUGUGCCUUAUCUGGACCAGGCGUCACACCGGAGCCAACUUUUGACGUGGAAAAGAGAGGGUCGUUUGUGGAAGGCGGGCUCGACUUGAGCAAGGAGACUGAGUGUGGGGAAAACCCUGAGUGGCUCUCCCUUUCAGAGUCUCAGAAGGCCCUGAUCCGAGAGUCCUGGAAAAUCCUGCACAAAGACAUUGCAAGGGUCGGGGUCAUAGUCUUCAUCAGACUGUUUGAGACCCACCCCGAGUGCAAAGACGUUUUCUUCCUCUUCCGGGACAUCGAUGACCUGCAACAGCUGAAGAUGAGCAAGGAACUGCAAGCCCAUGGCCUCAGAGUGAUGUCGUUCAUCGAGAAGAGCGUGGCGAGGCUUGACCAGGAGGACAAACUGGAGCACUUGGCCUUCGAACUAGGCAGGAAUCACUUCCGGUACAAGGCACCCCCCAAGUACUAUGAGUACGUAGGUGCUCAGUUCAUCCAAGCUGUCCAGCCCAUUCUAAAAGAACACUGGACUCCGGAGGUUGAGAAGGCUUGGCAGAGCCUCUUCAAAUAUUUGGCGGCCACCAUGCGGCGAGGCUUCUACACAGAAGAGAAGACUGCGGGAUCCGGCAAGUCUCUUUCCUCGAGGAAGGCUUGCGCUGAGUCAACUCCAAACAAAAACUAGCAAG